AUGGCUCAAUACUUCUUCGAUCUCCUGUACAAUUUUACAGAUUGCAUGUGCUGCUUCCCCAGCUCGCCGCAACUGAAGAUCAACAACCGCAGCUUCAAACUGCUGCGGCUCCUCGGCGAGGGAGGCUUUUCCUACGUGUACCUCGUCCAAGACAAGUCCACAUCCGAGUUAUUCGCACUCAAGAAGAUCCGAUGCCCGUUCGGCCAGGAAUCCGUGUCGCAGGCCCUCAAGGAGGUAGAGGCUUACAGCCUAUUUACGUCGGAGAAGAAUAUCAUUCAUUCAAUCGACCACUGCGUCUCAACAGAGUCUGGAUCCAAGUUUCGCAGUGAUGGCGGAGAGGCCGGUUCCAAGACGGUCUACAUUCUGCUGCCCUACUACCAACGAGGGAACCUACAGGACGCGAUUAACGCAAACCUUGUGAACCAGACGCGAUUCCCCGAGAAGCGUCUCAUGGUUCUUAUGCUUGGAGUCGCCCAGGCAUUGCGCGCGAUGCACCAGUACCGCGUCAAGAGCGGGUCUGGGCCCACGCGCAAGGCCAAGGCUGUGAGGAAAGAGGGCGCAGAGGCCGAUGUAGAGAUGCGGAAGGGGAAGGGAAAGCGGCGGGGUAGUCAGCCUGCUGGGGAAGAGGACUCUGAAAAUGAGCCGCUGAUGGAUGACGAGGUCACUCAGAGCCAGGAAGGAUAUGAAGAUGGAAACCUGCGCCCCUACGCGCACCGAGAUAUCAAGCCUGGAAAUAUCAUGAUAGAUGACGACGGACAAAGUCCGAUCCUGAUGGAUCUUGGGUCGCUGGCGCCCAGUCCAAUCGCCAUCACCUCUCGCUCACUCGCGCUAGCGGUUCAAGAUACUGCGGCGGAGCACAGUACAAUGCCGUACCGAGCGCCAGAACUCUUCGACGUCAAGACAGGAUCGAUCAUCGACACUAAAGUGGAUAUUUGGUCUUUGGGAUGCACACUCUACGCCUGCUUAGUGGGGAAGAGCCCGUUCGAAGCUCGAAGUGAAGAGACAGGGGGUAGUCUGAGUAUGUGCGUACUCGGCGGAGACUGGAGGUUUCCCGAUGAAAAAUCUGGAGCGACCAAGGGCAAAGGCAAGGCUAGUGAGCAGCAAAAGCAGGAUAGUGCCGCUUCUAUCAGCUCUCCCGUCAAGGAGGUCGUGCGUCGGUGCUUGCAGGUCGAGCCCGCCGACCGUCCCGAUAUUGACGAGUUGAUUCAAAUGCUUAAAGAGGUUAUCAGGGAGCUGCCGGAUGACGACGUGGUGGGUUGA